GUCUAGCGUCUUCCUUCUUUGUCAAGGGCACUGGAAACUGUAUGAAACCUUGCAGCUGUAGUCUGCACGUGUGGCCGUAAACCAGCUUAAUAAAGUAUCUGAAGUAGAGAUGGACGGGUUCGGGUCAGACUUCUCAGCAGGAGGGUCCGGCGGUAAAAUAGACGCCGGGACCAUCAUGGAGCAGGUUAAGGUCCAAAUCGCGGUGGCUAACGCUCAGGAGCUCCUGCAGAGAAUGACUGAUAAAUGCUUCAAGAAGUGCAUAGGGAAGCCUGGAAGCUCAUUGGACAAUUCUGAACAGAAAUGCAUCGCCAUGUGCAUGGACAGAUAUAUGGACGCCUGGAACACCGUGUCCCGAACAUACAACUCCAGGCUGCAGAGAGAACGAGCUCGAAUGUGAAAGAACUUCAAAACACGCUACCUCCUUCUCUUUGUCGGGUCGCUGCUGCUAGAAUGAGGACCAGCACAGUGCCGCACUGGAGCAGGUGUACAACGUCAGCAGCACAACACCCCCUCGUCUGUCACUAUCAUAGACAGAUGAGGCCUGUGGACACUGACCCGUAACAGAAUCUUUGUGGACAUCUUUAUUUUUACUUUUGAGGAAAAGUUUGCCAAUAUAGUUUAAUUAUUCCUGUUAUAUGUAAUAAAUGCAGUAACAGAUGGUGCAAAGGUUGUUGUUUAACUGGAAAAAUGAUCGGACUGGACAGAAACACUUUACAUGCUAACAAGGGUACAUGGAAGAAAAAACAGAAGAAAAUGAAGCCACACUGGUGAAGCCUGCAGAUAGACCCUGUAAAACCCUGUUAAAUCCCCUCCUAGAACUUAUGCAUUUACACUCUAUAAAUCACAAAUGCCACUCAAUAUCUAUGCAUCUUUUUAAUUGAUUUCCCCUCUAGUUAUGCAUUUUGCCUGCAGCUACAUCCUCCUCGGACGCUCACAAAUCUGGCUUAGACUAAGUUGGCUGACAGUUGAUGUGUUAAUGUUAUUGGAUAAAGCUUGCUAACUCCUCCAGCCUGCAGGUGGAGAGGAUUUCACCUGGAAUCCUGUCUCAGAAUGCCACUGGGGCUCUGAGCCAAAACAUAAACAAGCAAAACUUUUUACCUAAUUAUAAUAAACAUAAUGUGGUCCUGUUGGCAACAUUAACUGUAACUUUAAAGUCUCACAACUGACAUUCACAGCCCUCCAUCCAGCCUAUAUCAAGCUACAGCUGAAGAACAAAACUGUUUUGUCUGACAUGUUUCCUAUGUGUUACUCUAGCUGCUGCCCUUCCACAGUGGUGGGCUUGUUUCAGCCGGGCUCUGCUUCACACAGUCAGGAUACAGCACUGUUCUCAGCUCUGUGUGUGUAGCUGCUCAGGCAUACAGGGAAGUACAACCCACCUGCAUAGUUUGAGUGAGAGAAGCCUGUAAGCACCGACUGCAGAGGAAUUGUGUGCAAAAAGAAAUUAUUUUAAUUGAAAAAAAGAAAAGAAUAAAUCUGGUUAAUCAGAAACUUC